AUGUUCCCGUCCCUUCACGAAGCCGUCGAGGACGCCAUUCACGCGAAUAUCUUUCCGGAACCGUGGUUCAACCAGGCGGGAGGCGACCACGACGCCAUCGACGACUACUCGACCCACGUUAUGGGCAGCUUCGAAUGUCGCAACCCGACCUGUUCCCAGCAGGGUUGGGGAAGCAAGAAAAUCGCCAUCCAGAUUCGGCGGUACGCGGGCAAUGGCUACAACGCCGUCGUGUACAAGCAGCGCUGCAAAUCUUGCAAGCAACUGGGCGUCCUGCGCCUCGACGAGAAGUCGUACGUCGACAGGGUGUCAUACCGGCUGAAGAAGUGGGCUGGCAUUCCCACGACGCCGCCCGAGUACAACGGAGACAAGGGCGGGCCGGCGCAUGAACAUCUUCUGUGCGAAGGCUGUAGGAUGGGACGCUGUAAUGGCGACUGA